AUGGCAGGCCUCAGGAUGAGCGUCGUCGUGUGCGCAACGUCCUUCUUGCUCGGCCUUCUCUUCACCCACUGGGUCGCGGACUCGCUGACGCUAUGGAAGUCGCCCGAGACGCAGACAGACGUCCGCCUCUGGACGGCCGCGACCUACUACUCCAUCCUGUCUCGUAUGCCCCUGGGCCUCGCAUACUCAUAUGCCGUGGUCGCCCUCGCGGGCGGCGCGACCAUCCUCUGGAGCCUGCGUGACGGGCGCGCAGGGAACCUGAUGUUCGACGGCGGCAGUAUAUUCCUGUAUGGGACAGCAAUAUACGUCUACAUUCAACAAGUCCUCCCGAACAUCACGGCGAACUUUGUGUCGCUCCCGCUGCCGUUCGCCUCAGAGCCCUCAGCGGCCACGCCGUUCCCGCCAUCUCUGCGCGGGCCGACGCUCGAUAUCGCAUCCUCGCACCUCGUCUGCAGUGUCGUGCUCACGGGCGUGCUUGCGCUGCAAGCGGGGCGGUGGUGGGCGGAGCAGGCAGACGUGGACGAUGACGACGCAGAGGAAAUCGUGGACACGGAAGAUGAGCGGGUGCGAACACGGGAGGGAACGCCAUUGGGCGAGACGAAAAAGACAAAAUGA